AGCUUCCGUUGCCGAGCAUACCACGGCAGGCGUCCGCACCCAUGCGGAUCAGAAUCAGAUCAGACGUGGAGCCUCAUCUCCUCGUCCUCCGGCCGCCCCCUAUUUCAUCCACCGAGUCCGUGCGUCCCCGUUCCGCCGUCGCGCCACAGGACAAGGCGCCCCAACCGCCGCCCAUCUUCUGCAGUCAUCCACCGAUCCCGCGGCUCCUCCUCUUCCUCCCAGUCCCAGCUAGGUAGCCCCGCCUUCACCACUUCACCUCCCGGCUCCCUCCUCCCCCCACCAGAGCUGAAAACCCGUUGGAGGAGAGCGGAGAGGGAAGGCGAUGGACCACGCGGCGGAGGCGCAGCGGACGGACCUGAUGACGAUCACGCGGCACGUGCUCAACGAGCAGGGCCGCCACCCGGAGUCCCGCGGCGACUUCACCAUCCUCCUCUCCCACAUCGUCCUCGGCUGCAAGUUCGUCGCCUCCGCCGUCAACAAGGCCGGGCUCGCCAAGCUCGUCGGCCUCGCCGGGGAGACCAACGUCCAGGGUGAGGAGCAGAAGAAGCUCGAUGUGCUGUCCAACGAGGUCUUUGUCAAGGCGCUCGUCAGCAGCGGCCGCACCUGCGUUCUUGUGUCUGAAGAGAACGAGGAGGCCAUAUUCGUCGACCCGGCACUCCGUGGGAAGUCCCUGCUCAGGUACUGCGUUUGUUUCGAUCCGCUGGAUGGCUCCUCCAACAUCGACUGUGGUGUCUCCAUCGGAACAAUCUUCGGGAUUUACAUGAUCAAAGAUAAGGAUAAUGUGACUUUGGGUGAUGUGCUGCAACCUGGAACAAACAUGCUUGCUGCUGGCUACUGCAUGUACGGGAGUUCCUGCACGCUUGUGUUGAGCACUGGGAAUGGAGUCAAUGGUUUCACUCUUGAUCCUUCCCUUGGGGAGUUCAUUCUGACUCAUCCGAAUAUCAAGAUACCCAAGAAAGGGAAGAUCUAUUCUGUCAAUGAAGGGAAUGCUAAAAAUUGGGAUGUGCCUACAGAAAAGUAUGUGGAGAAAUGCAAGUUUCCCCAGGAUGGUUCAUCGCCUAAAUCAUUGAGAUAUAUUGGAAGCAUGGUUGCUGAUGUCCACCGUACCUUGCUAUAUGGAGGCAUAUUUUUGUACCCAGCAGACCAGAAGAGCCCAAACGGAAAACUCCGUGUUCUGUAUGAAGUCUUCCCAAUGUCAUUCCUGAUGGAACAAGCUGGAGGUCAAGCUUUCACAGGAAAACAGCGGGCCCUUGAACUUGCUCCUACUAAGCUUCAUGACAGAUCCCCAAUAUUCCUUGGGAGCUACGAUGAUGUUGAGGAGAUCAAAGCAUUGUACGCUUCAGAGUCAAGCACUGCUUGAUCUGUCUGUCUGAGUGCAUCAUUCUCCUGGGAGAAAAUUGUAACUGUAUUGAUCAGUUAUUUAUGUUCUGUUCUUGCCUUCUUGGCCUUAUAAUGUAAAAUAUCCAUACUAUACGGACACAGUAUAGGUCAAUAAGCAACCGAGGCUUAUGUUUCACAUACAUUUUACUUGCUAUAUAUGUGAUUCCUUGCUAAAUCAAA